CCGCAACGAUACACUUUGUUACUUUCACGUGAGCAGUGCACAUACCACAAUGUUCAGGCUCGCAGUAUUAGCCUUUGUGAUUGCCGGAGCGUCCUGCCAGCAGGGCAACUACGCUGGGGACCCGAAAACCGCUGCGAUCUUGCAGGAGGCGCGGUACCUCAACGGCAAUGGCGCCUUCGGAUCCGCCUACAAGCAGGAGGACGGCAUCGACUUCAAAGAGGAGACCGACGCUAACGGCGACAGGCGCGGACAGUACUCCUACAUCGACCCCAGCGGACAGAGGAAGACAGUGAAGUACAUCGCCGGCAAGAACGGCUUCCAGGCGCUCGGCGACCACCUGCCGACGCAGCCGCAGCCCGUGGCGCCCACGCCCGGCUACACGCCCGACCCGCGCUACCAGUCGCCCGAGUACCAGGCGCCCCAGCAGUACACGGCGCCUCAGCAGUACACCGCGCCCCAGCAGUACAGCGCGCCGCAACCCCGCUACACGUCAGCAGUGAAGCCCAACGAGGACGAUGGUCAAUACUACCCGGAGCUGUACGAGAAGGAGAACUACGUGGCUCCUGCCCAGCCGCAGCCGCAGCAGCAGUACCAGGCGCAGCCGCAGCAGCAGUACCAGCCGCAGCAGCAGUACUCCAACAGCAUCUACCCCGGCGUGCAGCAGGCCCAGUACAGCGGCGUGCAGAGCCAGCAGUACGUGGCGCCUCAGCCCGCUGCCCGCCAGCAGUACUACGAGCCCACAACCCCCUCCCCCAACCGAUUCUUCCCCCCGGGCAAGUUCAGCCUGAACCGCUCCCCUGACGGCUACACCUACUCGUUCCAGAAAGUGUAAAUACUAGGUCAUCAGCUUAAUAAAGCCCGGCCGCGCGGUAUGAAACCGCUGCGUCACGCUCGGGCCGAAUCAAAGCAUUUCUCAAUUGUUGUUCGCUGUGAUAUUGUGAGUUAAUGGACAGGUUAAUGUUAAUUGUUGUUUUACUCGUAAGCGGGUCGGCAGAUGGUGCUGUGGAUUAGAAAUGGAAACUGAACUUGUAAAUAAAUAAUCAUAAGUAAAUACAAUACAAAUAGGA